AUUCAUUAAGAUCACGUAAGAACUCAAAGGGAAACGUGACUCUGAGCUAAGGCGUUUGCGUAAAUCUAUAGGUUUUUAAAAACUCCCUGCCAGUUGCUUUCUGUCUUCUGUAGGCACCAAGGUGGCGGAGAGUUUAAGCUUGCGGAUAUUGCAAAGGGUUAUUAGAUUCAUAAGUCACACCAAGUGGUGGGCGAUCCACUGAGCAAAGCAGAAGUUCUCACAUGAUGACUUCAAACAAGACACAUUACCUUCCAGCAUCUGUUGGAGAGACUGGAUUUUAAGACACUUCUGUCUCCAGGACAGCAAAGAAACAAUGUUCCACCAAGUGAGAAGAGUGAUGACCAUCCUUUUCCUUACUAUGGUUAUCUCAUACUUCAGUUGCAUGAAAGCUGCCCCGAUGAAAGAAGCUAGUGUAAGAGGACAAGGCAGCUUGGCUUACCCAGGUCUUCGGACCCACGGGACUCUGGAGAGCCUAAACGGGCCCAGUGCUGGUUCAAGAGGACUGACAUCGCUGGCGGACACUUUUGAACAUGUCAUAGAGGAGCUUCUGGAUGAGGACCAGGACAUCCAGCCCAGCGAGGAAAACAAGGAUGCAGACUUGUACACAUCCCGAGUCAUGCUAAGCAGUCAAGUGCCUUUGGAACCCCCGCUGCUCUUUCUGCUCGAGGAGUACAAAAACUACUUGGAUGCUGCAAACAUGUCCAUGAGGGUCCGGCGCCACUCUGACCCAGCUCGCCGCGGGGAACUGAGCGUAUGUGACAGCACGAGCGAGUGGGUGACGGCGGCGGAGAAAAAGACUGCAGUGGACAUGUCCGGGGCGACCGUCACAGUCCUGGAAAAAGUCCCAGUACCCAAAGGCCAACUGAAGCAAUACUUCUAUGAGACCAAAUGCAACCCCAAGGGGUACACAAAGGAGGGCUGCAGGGGCAUAGACAAGAGGCACUGGAACUCCCAGUGCCGAACUACCCAGUCUUACGUGAGAGCUCUCACCAUGGAUAAUAAAAAGAGAGUUGGCUGGCGCUUUAUAAGGAUAGACACUUCCUGUGUAUGUACAUUAACCAUUAAAAGGGGAAGAUAGUGGAUUUGUGUUGUAUAGAUUAUAUUGAGACAAAAUUAUCUAUUUGUAUAUAUACAUAACAGGGUAAAUUAUUCGGUAAAAAAUAAUUUUAUGGACUGCAUGUAUAACUGAAGUUUAUACAGUACAGUGGUUCCACAAUCUAUUUAUUGAACAUAUCCAUGACCUGAAGGGGAACAAAAGUCAUUUGCGCACAAGUUGAAAAAAAAACAAAAAAAAAACAAACAAAAAAAAAAACAAACAAAAAAAACCCACAAAAAAAAAAGAAAAACAAGCGAACAAAAAGUCUGCAUUACAUUCCUCGAUAACGUUGUGGUUUGUCGCCGUUGCCAAGAAUUGAAAAUAUAAAAAGUUAAAAAAAAAAAUAAAAUUGCAUGCUGCUUCAAUUGUGAAUUGAUGAUAAACUGUCCUCUUUCAGAAAAAUAAAUUGAACCAAAACAUUCCGUUUACAUUUUAGACAGUAAGUAUCUUUAUUCCUGUUAGUAUUAUAUCUGUUUACUGCUUUUAACUUCUGAUAGCGUUGGAAUUAAAACAAUGUCAAGGUGCUGUUGUCAUAGUUUUACUGUUUCUCUUUUACUUUUGAACUCCCGUCAGAUUGAAAAAGGAAAAAAAAAAAAUCAUUACCUUAUUCUGGAUUAAAAACAAAUUUGGGUUUUUUGUAUGUUGUGAAGGUGUUUGCAAUAGCAAUCCAACUACUGACAAAAAAAAAUAAAAAAAAGAGGCAACU